UGUUGGUUUAAAUCCGAGGAGAUAUGAGGGAUGAGGAUUCCCUGCCGAUAUCAACAUCGACAACAAUAUAUUCAUCAUCGGCAUUGAUUUCUAAUAAGAAGGAGACCCUAGAUUAUAGCAUCUUUAGAAGAGGCCGGUAUAAGUUUUGGGUUUUCGCCGCCAUUAUCCUCCUCGCAUUUUGGUCAAUGUUUACAGGCACCGUCACUCUCCGCCUCUCCGUCGGCAACCUCAACCAAUUAUCCGAUGACAUCGCUAAUGGCCCUCCUAUCUAUGACGAUUUCGACGUCCUUGAAAUGGAGGAGCGAGAGAAAGUGGUGAAACAUAUGUGGGAUGUAUACACCAAUAGCCGUAGGAUCAGAUUACCUCGAUUCUGGCAGGAGGCGUUUGUGGCUGCUUACGAGGAUUUAACAAGCGACACGCCUGAAGUGAGAGAAAUUGCCAUGUCCGAGAUCGCUAGAAUGUCUUUACACUUUAUUCAUCUUGAUCCUCCUCCUCUCCAAUCAACGAAUUUACGAGAAUUAAGUUUAAGACAUGCACAACAAAACAAGGCCGGGAUUCCAAGAAAGUAUAGGUGA